UGUGUCCUCUCUCUCUCUCUCUCACGCGCGCGCAUACACACAUACCCUGCGUCUUCUUCCGUCUUCUUCCAUAGGCAAUUUCUCUCAUCCCAGAAGUGCAUUUUCUUGUAAACCGCUUCUGUUGUAUUACCUUCUGGUUCACCAAAGUUGAAUCUUUUCGCUGAAAGAGGUAUACAUCGACGAACAAGAAAUUUUGUUCGUUCGUGCUGUAGAUUCAUCAUUAGCUUCAAGAAUGUCUCGGCAACCUCUUUGCUUAACAAAUCAAAAUUUCUCUACCGAGUCACAGUAGCAGACAUUGAAAAGAUCACGAUCUCUGUCGGACUGUAUGUGAAAUGAAAUGGUGUUUUCUUCUUCCUGGCUGUUAUCUGCUCUGUUAUUUCCUCUGCUCAUCAUUUCAACCUCUCUUUCGUUGUCUUUCGCUCUAACGAAAAACGUUACCCUACUUGGAGAUGCUUCUUUCAGGAAUGGCUCCAUUAGCCUCACUCAAGAAAUAUCCUGUGCCUAUUCUUCUCAUUCUUCCUCUUCUUGUGGGGCGGGAAGAGCUCUCUGCGCUUCCCCAAUUCGCUUUCUUGAUGCUGUAACUAACACUGCUGUGUCGUUCUGGUCUCGGUUCUCCUUCUCUGUCAUCCCCUCUUCUUCUUCUUCUUCUGUUUUCGGAGAUGGCCUUACUUUUAUGAUCACAUCCAGCGACGGUGUUCCCUGCCACUCCGCUGGCCAUAUGGGUUUGCUAAACUGUGCCACAAACAAACAAGAAUCGUUCGUUGCAGUUGAAUUCGAUACUAAUCUUGACCCAUCCCUUGGGGACCUCAACGACAACCAUGUCGCUCUCGACAUCAACUCGGUCAUCUCUUUCGCCUCCGUCGAUGCUGGCACUAUGGGUAUUUCUCUCAAGAGCGGGAGGCGCAUGACGGCUUGGAUUGAGUACAGGGACAGAGAAAAGAUGCUGAGGGUAUGGCUCAGUUACUCACCCUUCAGGCCUGCCGUUCCCAUUCUCGAUGUCGGCCUAGACCUCUCUGACCAUCUCCAGGAGUUCAUGCACGUCGGCUUCUCUGCUUCCAACGGACGUGGUUCUGCGCUUCACCUCAUCGAUAAGUGGCAAUUCAGGACAUACCGUUUCCUCACUGUGACGCCUACUGACACAGGACAAGGCGAAGGAGAAGAAGAAGAGUGCUGUUUCACAUGCUCCGGUGAUGAUCUCGCCGUCGAUAAUGGGUCCUCUGAUCACCACAAGAGAAGAAGAAGAAAAAAGGUAAAUGAAGUGGGUCUUGCCAUGGGCGGAACAGCUGCGUUUCUCUUCUCUAUGGCAGUGGUCGUGGGAGGAACCAGUUGGUAUCUGCUGAGGAAAAGGAAAAUUGAAGCCAGAGGAAACAAAGCCCGCCAAAUGUGCAGAAUCCAAAUGAAGAAAAUACCCACAAGGCUGUCACUUGCAGAGAUUAAAGCAGCCACGAAGGGAUUCAAGCAAAGCAGAAUAGUCGGUGAAGGGGCUUCCGGGACUGUAUAUGAGGGGACCCUCGCUUCCGGCGGGUCUGUAGCUGUCAAGAGGUUCAAUUGGCGGAUGGAUCAGAAUGAGUGCUUGAGCGAUCCCUUCAUGACUGAGCUGGCGACCAUGCUGGGUUGCUUGCGACACAAAAACCUAGUCCAGCUCCAAGGCUGGUGUUGCGAGGGAGACGAAUUGCUCCUUGUUUAUGAGUUCAUGCCAGGUGGAAGCCUCCACGAGAUCCUCCACCAUAAUAAGAGCUCUGCCUCGGCAUCGAUCCUCACCCUGGAACAGAGACUGAAGAUUGUACUUGGCGUGGCAUCUGCACUUACCUAUCUUCACGAGGAGUGCGAUAGGCAGAUCAUCCACAGGGACGUCAAGGCCUGCAAUAUCAUGCUUGACGCCAAAUUGAAUCCCAAACUCGGUGAUUUUGGACUUGCAGAGGUCUAUGAACACAGUCGCCGCACACGUGAGGCCAUCACACCUGCUGGAACCAUUGGUUACCUUGCACCAGAGUAUGCACAUUCUGGGGUGCCCACGGUGAAGACAGACGUGUAUAGCUUUGGUGUUUUAGUGCUAGAGGUGGUGACAGGAAGGUUGCCGGUGGAUGAAGGCGGGAUAGUGCUAGUGGAUUGGGUAUGGGACAUGUGGGCGAAGGGGAAAUUGAAGGAGGCUGGUGAUGGGAGAUUGAUGGCAAUGGAAAGGCUUGAUAAGACAGUGAUGGUGAGGAUGCUCAUGGUGGGGCUCUCUUGUGUCCAUCCAAACUGUUUGGAGAGGCCAACGGUGAGGGAAGCGGUAAGGAUGCUGAGAGGGGAAGUGUUGCUGCCCAACCUGCCGGCAAGAAAACCAGUGUUGAGGUUUCCUUCCAUUCUGCCUGAAGGUUCUGAAGAGAUACUACAAUGUGGAGAUGGAGGAGACGGUAUGAGUGGAACGCCAUGGGCAACCCCUCGGUCCCGUUUCAGUUAGUUUGUAGACCACCUUGCUGCAAAUGUAACUAUGAUCGAUUUGAUCUUUAUCAGUUGUAUCUGAUCUAGAUCACUGAAUGGUUUUCAAGAGCAAGUCAUAGUCCUCAUUGACCACAUCCCAUAUUGAUUGAAUGUCUGUCACUAUUGGAUUUAUACAAUAUUUUCCUCUCACCAUUGGAGAGAA